AUGGGGUCCAAGGAGCAGGUAUUGAAACAAGAAUUAGAAGAAUUGCAGAAACAGCUGGGCAAGAAACAGAAAUUCGAAGACGCACUCUCUUCUCUUAAAUCUCUCCUCCGUCGUCACUACCCCUCCGCUUCUCCUUCUCUCCGUAAAUCAUUCUAUUCUGUUGUUUGUAGAGUUGCAACUGUCUUAAAGACUAGACACACAGCUCCUGGUUUUUGGCUAGCUGGGUUGGGAUUGUUUCAAGAAGCUCAACUCUUGACGUCUGAUUCUACCGAGAAGGAGCACUUGAAGGAUUGCAUUGCUCAAGCUAAAGAACAUUUGGAUCAAAUCGAAAAUCCGCCUGAGGUUUCCCAAAUUUCGCAAAAUAGAGGGUAUCUGUUUGAGGGGCAUCUAACUGUGGAUCCUGAACCACCGCGGCCUCAAUGGUUAGUGCGGUCAAACAUCUUGGAUUCUAUACUUCAUGAGGCUGAAUCUUCUGGGCGUCCUGGAGACAGUAAUACCAUAGAGACGGCUCCCAAUCUACUUGGAGAGUUAAUUAGCAAUCUUGAUGAUAUGAUACCAGAGAUUAUGGAAAUGGGUUCCACAGCCCCGAGAGUGCCUCCUGCCAGUAAAGAAGUUGUUGCAAAGCUUCCAGUAGUUACUAUUACAGAGGAGAUCUUGGUUGAGCUAGGAAAAGAUGCAGAAUGUGCCAUUUGCAAGGAGAAUUUGGUUGUCACUGACAAAAUGCAAGAGUUGCCGUGCAAGCACAAAUUCCACCCUCCCUGUCUUAAGCCAUGGCUGGAUGAACACAAUUCUUGUCCAAUUUGCCGGCAUGAGCUGCAAACUGAUGAUCAUGCUUACGAGAGCUGGAAAGAGAGGGAGAAGGAGGCUGCAGAAGAGAGGAAAGGUGCUGAAAAUGCUGUGCGUGGCGGUGAAUUCAUCCAUCUGAAAAAAAAGAAGCUACAGCGCAUGAAUUACAAAAGCGCCAUUGCAAAAAAUUUGCUUAUUAGUACUUACAAAAAGAUUUGCAGGAGCUGCAACACUAUUGUAAUACGAAUACAUAACCUUAUGGAACUGGCCACUUCCCUUCACUACACUUCUCCAAGCAACCUCAUUGCAUAUAACAAUAAUAAUAGGUACCCAACAAAAACCAAGGUUAACCCACUUUUUUACCCAUGGAUUCCUACACAACGAGCUACAAUUUCAGGAUCUUCUUCUUUGUCAAGAAUGGUUUCAAAUGGGUAUGCGGGUAGAAGCAGCAGCAGCAACUUUAGAUAUAAAGAUAAUAAUACUGUUAUUAAUAAUUCCAAUAACAAGCAGCGGCAGAAAUACACGGAAAUGAAGUCUUGUUUAGUCAUACCGCCACCUAAAGGUAGAAAGCCACGUGCCAUCAUCAAAUUCCUUGGUGGUGCCUUCAUUGGAGCUGUCCCUGAAGUCACUUACAGUUGUUUGAUUGAGCUAUUGGCAAAGGAUGGUUAUGUUGUUAUUUUAGUGCCAUACAAUGUGACGUUUGAUCAUUCUAAAGCUGCUAAUCAAGUUUAUGAGAGGUUCAAUGCUUGCUUGGAUUUAUUACUGCAAUCUGGAUUGCCCCAUGUUGGCUUAACUGCUUCUGAGUUUGUUGGCCUUCCCCUUUUUCUGUUGGUCACAGAUGAGGCACUUGCACAAUAUAAGUUGCUUCAGUCUAAUACCUAUUCUGGUCUCCAUCUUUUUAAUGCUUCUCUACAGUUAGGUCCACUAGUUAAUCAGAUGAUGCCGGUUGUCGAAGCAUCUCCAAUGUAUUUGAUGGCCAGGAGUGCCUCAGGAGAUGCAUGGAAGGUUCUUCUUGAUACAGCUGGAGCGAUUAUACCUGACACUGAGCAAGAAGCCCUCAUUUCAUUGACCAAAUUUGUUGAUCAGUUGCCAUCAGUUUUUGGUCAGGUCACAGAAGGGAUAUCAGAGUUCAAGCCAACACCAUCUGAAAAUCGAGAUUGUUGCAGGAACUUAUAUAAUGUUCAACACACAUUACUGGUGAAGUUCAAUUUUGACGCAAUUGAUGAGACGGAUGUCCUUGAAGAGACCCUGAAACCUCGUGUUGAGUCCAUAGGUGGAACAAUAGAAAAGGUCCAACUAAGUGGUAACCAUAUCACACCAUGCAUACAGUCCUCUCCAGAACCAUCUGCGACUGGUUCAGGCAUUUUGAAGAUUGAGGUGCUUGAUAUUCAGCAUAAGGUUUAUGGAAGGGUGCAUCCUUUCAUCCGAAACAAAGAAUGUAAGAAGAUCCUGGUUUCUAUAUAUGGUUUGUGGUAA